AUGGCUUCCACAUUUGCAACUUCAUCUUCAACCUCUGGUUCAACCCCUGCUGUAACUAAUACAGCUUUACCUGUCAACACUUCGUUGCUUUUAUUAUCAAAUAUGUCUUCAAUGAUGACUGUUAAACUCGAUUAUAGCAACUACACUGUUUGGAAGCAUCAGAUUGAGAAGAAUCGUGAACAAGCAAUGUUCAUUUUUAUCAAUUCCACUUUAUCACCUGCAAUUCUUGCUCUCACUGUUGGGCAAAGAUUUGCCAAGGGAGUAUGGAAGGUGUUAGAAAAGAGGUUUGCCUCAGUGUCAAGGUCUCAUGUUAUAAGUCUUCAUAAUGAACUGAGUGCAGUGAAGAAAGGAAUUGAUUCAAUUGAUGGAUAUUUCCAAAAGAUCAAACAGAUUCGUGAUAGAUUGGUUGCUGUUUUUGUGAUCUUGGAUGAUGAAGAGCUUCUUCAUGUUGCUCUUGAUGGUUUACCUUCAGAAUAUGAUUCUUUCAGUUUUGCAAUUAGAACUCGUAGUGAUGUAUUGUCUAUUGAGGAAUUAAAUACUUUACUUAAUGCUGAGGAGAGAGUAAUCAAGAAGAGGUCUAAUGGUCUUGUUUCUCCUUCAAUGGCUAUGAAUGCCAAUUUUCAAUCUCCACAUCAAGGUUUUUCUAAUCAGAGAGGCAGAGGGGGUAGAUAUUCUAAUCAAAGAGGAAGAGGUGGCAGAGGUAACCACAAUGGAUUUAACAACAAUGGAGUUUUUGGGCAAUCACAGUGGUUUUAA